UUUUGCAACUGGGAGGAUCAGCAUGCGAUCCUCCCACUUUUAGCGCUUCUACUUUCAGCAGAGCAGUAGGAGCUGCUGCCUCCUUUGGGUCAAGAUGCUCCUGCUGCUCGGUCUGCUUUGCUCGAUCUGGGCAGAACCUGCUCAGGGUCUGGAGGAGGACGGAGCUUUCAGCUUUGAAGGGGACCUCCGCCAGCUGACAGUGAGCAACAACUUUGUUUACAUCGCUACAGAGGAGAAGCUUUACCAGCUGAGCCAUGACCUGGUUCUGAUCCACAGCCUGACCCAAAGAGGGAUCUUAAAGAACCCGGAGGAAGAGAACAGUCAGGAGUUUUACCGAGUCUCUAUGAAUGGCGCCUGGGACAAAACUUUCACUGUUAAUGUUUUAUUACCAUUUGUGAACAACGACACAUUGAUCAGCUGUGGUGCAACUGAGCAAAACUGUGGCUUCUGUGAGGUUCUGGACCUGAAGAACAUCUCCAAAGUUCUCUACAAAGAACCUGUCCAAGUGGGUCCUCUGAGGAGCAUCAGUGGCUCUGUCAGCUUUCUGGUGGAUGUAAAGGAUUCACUGCAGACUCAGACUUACAUCCUGACCGCCAUGGAGAAUCACAGAAAGACAGAGGAGGACAGCUGUACCAGUGAUUUAGGGAUGAUCAACCUUCACAACACAAACUACCAGCAGGAUGGGGACAUAUUUACAUUUAGUGGACCAAAUAUUCCCCCCAAGAUCACGGCUGAAGCUGAUGUAGAGUUUGUGGAUGGAUUUCAAAUCAACUCAACGGUGUAUCUGUUCUCCAACGUGGCAUCAGGAAAUAAACCCAAUAAAGUUUGUCUGGUCUGGCUUCAGGCUGAAACCAGUAAAUCUAAGACUCUGAAGUCUCUGCAUGGAGCGCCUCUGAGGACCUCUGAUGGAGGUGAAGGCAGCAAACUCCUGGCCUCCUCGGUCAUCCCAGAUGGACAGCAGGUCCUUUGGAGCGGAGUUUUCAGUUUGGACGGAGGACCGACCAACACCGAGCUGCUGCUGUUUGAAAUCAGUCCUGAUGGGAAUGAUCAGACAUACACAGAUCCAGACUGCUUUUACAAACCAAAGACGUCAAACAAGCAGUCCUGGAUGACGGAGAAUCUGCAUCAGGGUUUUACAUCUUGA